ACUUCACCGAUCACCGACAACUUACCCCCCCUUCACCCCUUCCCCUCCCACCUUCCCAUUCACCGUGUAUAUUCCAAUUACCACCUACCUAUUCCCUUGCACCAGAUCUCAUGAUGGUUUAAAAAACUCGUUCGAGUGUAGCAUAGCCCUUGCUUGCCGGCCAGGCGCAAGUACCCCUCUCAUCCGGAGUUGAAUAGAACAAACAGAAAGAAAGACCUUGGAACCGGACAUACGGAAUAGACAUUGCUUGGUUGUUUUCCGGCGCAUCGCAAAAGACACAACUACAGGAUAAUUGCAUUAAGUGAUCAACACCAUGAAGCUUCGCAAAGCAGCUCGCAUUAUUUUGGUCGGCGCUCCUGGUGUGGGAAAGGGAACUCAAGCCGAGAGACUUCUACAAAGAUUCCCUCAACUCUCAGCCAUCAGCUCAGGAGAUUUACUCCGUGAAAAUGUCAAGAAUCAGACUCCUCUUGGUAAUAUCCAUCUCCUGCCACUCAUGCUCAAGACUUGUACUAACAAAAUAUACAGGCAUAAAAGCAGAAUCAACCAUCAAAUCCGGCACCCUCGUCCCCGACGCCAUGAUCCUCCGUCUAAUCCUUCACGAGCUCAAAACCCGCGGUUGGAUCAGUCCUGCGCAAACCACCCCUUUAACCCUCUCCUCAAACUCAACCUCUCACGUCAAAGAUCCCGAUAUGGAAGACAACUUCGUCAACACCCCCUCCCUCGCAACCCUCUCCUCCCCACCCCUAACAUCCAACUGCCCCACCGCAUCCUUCAUCCUUGACGGCUUCCCCCGCACCGCCUCCCAAGCCCACCAACUCGACCACUUGAUCCCCAUCAACCUCGUCGUCUCCCUGCGGACCCCUUUCUCGACCAUUCUCUCCCGUAUCGCAGGACGUUGGGUCCACGCUCCAUCCGGACGGGUCUACAACACGACCUUCAACGCGCCGAAAGUCCCGGGCUUAGAUGACAUUACGGGAGAGAAGUUGACAAAGCGAGCCGAUGAUGAUGAGGCGACGUGGAUGACGAGGCUUAAGAAGUUCGAGGAGACGAGCGAGCCGCUUCUCGAGCAUUAUGCGAAGAAGGGAGUGCUUUGGGAGGUGGAGGGAGGGAGUAGUGAUGAGAUUUCUCCCAAGCUUUUCAGUGAGUUUGAGAGGAGGUUUGUUGAUGGGGUUGAGUAUUGAGUUUCUUCCUUCUUCCUUUUUUGGGAGGCUUUCUCACGGAGAUGUUUGAUGUGUGAGAUUCACGGAUCACCGAUGGACUCGGAGAUCUGUUUGAGGAGUUUUGGAGCCAUAAGACUUUUGGUUAAACCGGCUAGAUUUCCCAGCUUCAGAGCGUCUUUAUUUUUCCUUUUAUUCUCGUGGGAGGGGACUUUAUGGUUAUGAACUUUUAAUGAAAUGAGGUGGAUGGAUGGAUGGACGGAUGGAUGGAUAUGGGUUAUUUGAUGGAUGGUAUGCAUGAUGAUAUAGGA